CAUUGAAUUUAGUAGAUAAUGUUGAAAAUACUGAUUUAUCAUGUCUGAACAAUGAAAAAAACUAUCAUGUUGUGAAUAGUUUGAAUUCAUGUGACGAAGUAUGGAAUACUGUUAAUAACAUUGUAAAUACUAAUUUAGUAUGUUUGGGUAAUGAUACUGAGAAAGCCAAUGAUUUUGUAAAUGAUUUGGACUCAAUGUUGAAAACUUUAAGUAAUAUUGGAACUACUAGUCUAUCAUAUUCAACUAGUUGUAAUGUCAAGGGAAUCGUAGACAAUUUGAACUUUUAUGAUGAUGCGUUGAAUAUAGUAGAUAAUGUUGAAAAUACUGAUUUGUCUUGUCUGAGCAAUGAAAAAAACAAUAAUGUUGUGAAUAGUUUGAAUUCAUAUGAUGAAGGUGUUUUGAAUAAUGUCAAUAAUGUUGGAAAUACUGAUUUGGCAUGUCCGAGUAAUGCAAAAAACAAUAAUGUUGAGAAUAGUUUGAAUUUGUGUGACGAAGUUUGGAAUACUACCAAUAACGUUGGAAAUACUGAUUUAGUAUGUUUGGGUACUGAUAUUGAGAAAGCCAAUGAUUUUGUAAAUGGUGGUUUGAACUCAAGUGACGGAGUCCUGAUAACUGUAAAUAAUGUUGCAACCACUGGUCUAUCAUACUCAAAGAAUUGGAAUGACAAGGAAGUUAUAGACAAUUCUAAUUUAUAUCAUAAAGUGUCAAGAACUGUAGAUAACAAUGAAAGUACUAGUUUACCUAAUUUGAUUAAUGAGAAUUGCAACAACAUUAUGGAAAAUUCUGAUCCAUAUCAAGAAGAUUUUAAUUAUGAUUCAAGAUCAGAUUAUGAGUAUGAUUCCGGAUCAGAUUACCUACCGCCAUCCCAAAUUCACUGUGAGAGUAUGCGUUCUGAUGAUGAAGUAUCAUUGAAAUCAGAUAUUAAUGUAAAUAAAUGUAAUGAUAGUGACAACGAAUCGGAUAACUCAUCAUCUAUCGUGGGGAACAAACAACUUAGUGUACUCAAUCCAAAAGACACCAUUGCUUCAAAAAAUACCAAAGCUGGAUACAAUUUUAGUGCAUCAGUUCAGUGUUCAAGGAAAAAGCCAAUCGACAAUAAGAGAUUAUGGGACAAAACUGAUUGUUGUAUAUUUUGUGAAGAAAAUAUUACCAAUUUUACUAGACACAUUAUUAGAAAGCAUGCAUCAGAAAUAGAAGUGGCUCGAUACCUUUCUUUUCCACAAGGAAGUAAAGACAGAAAAAUUCUUUCAGAUCAACUUCGUAAACGAGGAAAUUUCUUAUGUAAUGUUGGUAGCGAACAAGUUAUUAAACCUUUAAGAAGGCCAAAUGAAUUUUCAACAACUUCAAACGCAGCAGAUUACUUACCUUGUAAAUACUGUUAUGGCUUAUAUAAAAAGAAGUAUUUAUAUAGACAUGAAAAAAUUUGUAAAAGCGUUAAAACUGAACUGAAAGGCAGAAAUAAAGCUCAGGCAGAUGCUCAAAAUCUAUUACUAACAUUUACUGAUACUGAUGAACAACUAGUUAAAGAAGUGUUUCCCAGAAUGGCAGUGGAUAGUAUUUCUCUGAUAGCAAAAACCGAUUCAUUAAUUAAAUCGUUUGGAUCAAGAUACUUAAAAUGCCAUCGUGAAAAACAUCUAGUCAAUAUUGUAUCUCAAAAAAUGAGAACACUUGCAAGACUCCUAAUUCAGAUGAGAAAUGAGGAUUCUAAUAUUAAAUCAUUGCUAGACUACUUAACUCCAAAAUAUUUUGAUAAAAUAAUAAAAUGUACUAAAAUUGUAGCUGGAUAUGAUGCUGAAAAUGACAAAUUUGGUUCACCGUCCAUUGUUUUAAAAAUGGGAAGUGCCUUAAAACAGUGUUGCGAUAUCGCUGAGUUUAACAUUUUAAAAGAAAGUAAACACUUGGAUCUGGAUGAUACACAAAAAAAAAUUAAAAAGUCACUUCUAAACAUGAGAUCAAUUAUCGAAAAACAGUGGUCAUAUGAAAUUUCUACUAAUGCAUGUAAGGAGAUAUUCCAAAAAAAAUGGAAUAAACCGGCAUAUCUUCCACUAACGUCAGACUUGAAAGAAAAUUCAAACAACAUCAAAUCUUACAGAGAACUGCAAGAAAGCAUACUUAGUCAACUUAUUUUAUUGAACAGGAGAAGAUCCGGAGAAGUUCAAAGAAUUUUUUUACAAACAUAUUUAUGUGCUCCUUCUGAGAUAUCACAAGAAGAAGUAGACUUUUCACUAUCUGAAGUAGAGAAACAAUUGACUAAACAAUUCAAAAGAAUUAUUAUCAGAGGAAAACGUGGCCGUGGUGUGCCUAUAUUAUUUACAACUAACAUGCAAAAAACGAUCAAGUUUUUACUGGCAAUACGAGAAACUAGCAGUUUUAUUGAUAAAGAAAAUCCUUAUUUAUUCGCUUUACCUAAUUCAAUGAACUCUUUAAGAGGCUCAGAUGCCAUUCGUAAAUUAGCUAAAGAAUCAGGAGCCAAAAAUCCUGAAAAUCUGACCUCUACAAAGUUAAGAAAACAAAUUGCAACCGUAGCACAGUUAUUAAAUUUAUCUGAAAAUGAUAUUGAACAGUUAGCGAACUUCCUUGGUCAUACUAAAGAUGUGCAUAAACAUUUUUACCGAUUAUCAGAGAGUACGUUCCAGGUUGCUAAAAUUAGCAAAAUGUUGCUAAUGAUGGAAAAAGGUCAAGGACAUGAAUUUAGGGGGAAAAACUUAGAUGAAAUAGAUAUAAAUGUAGAAGCCUUAGUUUCAGAUGAAGAAAAUGAAGAU